AUGUCUUUCUCUGAUUUCUCCAAGGUCGAAACCUUGCAAAAGUUGAACACUUUCUUGGCUGACAAGUCUUACAUUGAAGGUACCUCUGCUACUCAAGCUGACGUCUCUGCUUUCAAGGCUUUCCAAUCUACUUACCCAGAAUUCUCUAGAUGGUUCAACCACAUUGCUUCCAAGGCUGAUCAAUUCGAAUCCUUGCCAGCUGCUACUUCUACACCAGCUGCUGCUGAAGAAGAAGAUGACGAUGACGAAGUCGAUUUGUUCGGUUCUGACGAUGAUGUCGAUGAAGAAGCUGAACAAUUGAAGGCUAAGAGAAUCGCUGAAUACAACGAAAAGAAGGCUGCUAAGCCAAAGGCUGCUGCUAAGUCUAUCGUUACCUUGGAUGUUAAGCCAUGGGAUGACGAAACCGAUUUGGAAGAAUUGGUUGCCAACGUUAAGAACAUCGAAAUGGAUGGUUUGAACUGGGGUGCUCACCAAUGGAUUCCAAUUGGUUUCGGUAUCAAGAAGUUGCAAAUUAACAUGGUCAUCGAAGAUGCUAAGGUUUCUCUUGAUGAAUUGCAACAACUUAUCGAAGAAGAUGAAGACCACGUCCAAUCUACUGAUGUUGCUGCUAUGCAAAAGUUGUAA